CCUGAGCUGAUGUAGAGAUAUGACGCUGAGCGAAAUUAAGGGGACUGAAGAAAAUUGUGUGCAAGGUAGACUUCGCGCAAGUGAAUGUGCGCAAAAAAGUCUCUCGUGUUUGAAAAGGUUCAUGUUUGUGCCCGUUGGUUGACUUAUAGAUAGGUAUUUGUGGUGAAGUCUUAAAGAUGGAGUUGGUGCAGAAUGCAAGUGCUUGUGAAUUGAGUGUACAAAGUGUUAGUACACUUGUACCUGCUGGGUACACUCAGCUCCUUAUGGACAAAAGUACAGUUGGAUUACAGCCCACAAACACCUUUGUUCUGGGUGCACUACAAGACACGUUUGAAAAAAGUUGUUCGCAAAGGAGUUGUCAAGAAGAGGCUGAUUCUUAGGGAAGUUCUGCCAGAUGGAACAGAAGGGAAUCAAUUGGACGUAAUCGUGUAUGGUAUGUAUGCCCACAAAGUAGAGGACAUCUUGAAGAGUGUGGGAAGCUCUCCAAAUCAAUGGGUCAUCUUUAUUAAAGGAAACAUUGGUAAGUUCCCAGCAUGCGGAACUGGGGAAGGCUGGUGUACAAACUGUUUACGGAUCGGAGGUAUAGGAAUGGCUGAAGCGCAGGUCAUCAUAGUCACAGAGUCCCAACCUCCAGCUCCGACCCCAAGGCAAGAGCAGGUUAAUGCGAUGAAUGUUGCUUCUCCUGAACGCAGUUGUCCUUCACAGCUUGCCAUUCCUGAACUCCGUGGCUCAGCUGCUGGACCUUCCAGCAACAACAGGAGCAAUAGAUUGUUGGGGAAUACCAAAGUACACAACAAGCAGAAACCAAGGAAGUUUGAGACCAUUAACUCCUUGAAGAUUGGCUUGAAAUGUGACUUGUUUGCCGUGGUGAACGAAGUGGUCAAGCCCCCCACAUUGACGGCACGCCAGUCACACCACAUGCUCCUAGGACUAGUGGAUCCCACAUGUCUUCGAGAAGGAAGCCAGCGGCCAGACCUCCUGCUGCAUGUCUUUAUCAAUGACAAGGUGUCCAAUAAGCCCCUUGGAGAUCUCCCUGGGGGCAUUGCAAGUGGGGAUGUCAUCCUGGUUCGUGAUAUGUUUACAGAACUGUAUCAGGUGGAGAACAAGGUACAUGGAAAGGUCUAUUCUGCCAACCAGAUUGUCAAAUUCAGUUUUGAAGGAGAUUCCGUUUCACCAGUUACUCAUAGCACCUCAUACGUUUUUACAGAUGCGGAUUGCAAUCAUGUGGUUCAUCUGCGUCAGUGGUGGAGCCAAGUGAAACACAUCUGUAGUGACAAGCAGCAGGAUGGUGGACAGGGCCAGAAUGCAGAGAACGAGUUUGAGUUUGGUGAAGCAACAAUAGCUGAAGUGAAUCGUGAUAUGCACUUCUCUUUGUUCUGUCAGGUGCUAGAAAUGAGGCCAGUAUCAAAACUAAACAAAGAGAUUGUAAUUCUGCGUGUAAGGGAUGGAACGCUGUCCAGUGUGCAUACUCAGCAGUGCAACCUGGCAGAUGCCACCCAGGACUUCUUUCUCAGACUGAUGCCUAUAGUAGUGUGGGUUUAG